AUGAUGAAGUUGUAUUUUCUGACAACUGUUGUGGCAUCGCUCGCCAAUGCAGCGGCUGCGCCCAAGUACGAAUUUCCGGUUUGCGUUGUCGGCGCCGGUGUAAGCGGUCUCACAGCUGCAAAGGCACUUGAGGACAAAGGCUACAAGACGGUCAUUUUUGAGAAACGCGAUACUGUGGGUGGAAAGUGUAGCGGCCAGUACUUUCCUCUUGGCGCUGUGCUUUUCACAGGGAGUCCAAGCUAUGCCCAAACUUACGCGUUUGUCAAGUCUUCCGGUGUCGCGUUUGAUGAGUUCGAUCCCGCAUUUGGCUAUGACUACAACCCCAAGACUGGUGCUGCGGCUUUGAUGCAGCCUCCGUCGCCUGCUACUGCGCAGGCUUUGCAAGAAGAGCUAAAGCGAUAUACUGAAGUAUGGCAGAACAAGUUUGCUCCAUAUGCUGUUCCCGGCUAUAAGAAUGGUGUCCCGAAAGAAUUCAUGGUUCCUGGACAGGACUGGCUUCUUGCAAACAAGUUUCCAAUUAUAGCUUCAGUCAUCAACCGCAGCGCUGGUAACUAUGGAUACGGUGACUAUACUCAAGUUCCAGCACUUUACUACUUACAAUUCUACGCGCCCGAUAUUGUUGGAAGCUUCAUCGGCGUGAUCCAGCCCUACAAAACAGGACCAGUGCAUCUGAAUACGAGAAUCGAGCGCAUCGGUAUGUCAGCUAUCGCCCGCAUGAGGUCCGAGUUAACACAUAUAGAACGAACGUCGAAGCCAAGCAUCCAAUACCGUGCUGCUGGAAGCAAGGAAAUCAAGACACAGCUUUGCUCCGAUGUUAUCCUCGCAUUCCCUCCCACAUCUGAUGCCCUCAAAGAGUCCGGCCUAUCUCUCUCACGCGCAGAGAAAACUCUCUUUUCUCAAGUCGACGUCAACGGCUACUUCUCAUCAGCCGUUCGCAUGAGCCACCUUGGCCACAAUCUCAGUGUUUCGCAAGAACUUCCAAGCCCACUUGUUCCAUUCAAGGCCGAAGGCCAACCUGUAUAUCUGACACCAUUGCAUGCGAACUCUGAUAUCGUCAACGUUUACUCAGUAGACGAUCCUGCCCACCCAAACGCUGCCAGUGUCAAGAAGCAUCUUGUCCAAGACUUAAGCAAGAUCAACAGAGACUUGCAAAAGGUUAACGCUAAGAGUGUUGCAUUGGAUGCUGCAGAUAUCCGUGCGUUUAGUGGAAAAAUUCCCUACUUUCCCCAUGUUAGUCCGGAUUCGUUGGCAGGUGGUUGGUACACGAAGUUUAAUAGUAUUCAAGGGAAAGAACGGACCUACUUCACUUCUGGAUUGAAUAGCUUUGAGCUUGUGGAGUACACCAUUCGGGCUGCGAGGGAUUUAGUGAAGACGCACUUCUAA